AUGCCCACUACCAGCCCAGUCACUGGGCACCGACAGGCUCCUCCCCAACGGGGCCCUUAUCAGGAAGCGAUUUGGGUUGGUGGGGAGGGGAAGUCCCAGGCCCCAGGCUGGAGCAAGGUGGGUAGCAGAGAUAGGGAAGUGGGGAGGGGGCCCCUUCCACCCUUGCCAGGCAAGACGCCCGCACCUUUAAUUAGCAAGCAGCAGCCUCUCCCCGAUUCAUCACAGUCACUGUUUAAUUAG